AUGAGGCCAAAAGAUGUAGAUAAACAUCAAUUUGACGGAGUCGAUGAACAAGGAUUUAAAACCAAAAAAAGGAGGAAGCUGGAAUUGUUAGAAGACUUCAGUGAGUCAUCAAGUUCAGAUGAGGAAGCUGAAAAGGAUCAACCAUCGAGUGGGGAGGGCAGGGACUUGCCACCUGAUAAUAGUGAAGGGCCUGCCAAAGACGACAUGUUCGCAUCCGAUGUAGAGGUGGAUUCGACUUCAGCUAGGGGUACACAAAAUGAGCCAGCAAGUGGACCUGAAAAACACGAGGAGGAUGCUUUACUAUCAAAUUCCGAUUCAGAUGGAGGCAUACAGAUGGAGGCGUUCAAUGUAGAUGAAGAAUCAAAAUCUGGUACUUUUGACAAGCUUGGAAACUACGUGGAGAGCAAAGGUAAUGCCAGUGAAGAAGAAGAUGAGUUAGAACAGGAUCAGUGGAUUAAUGAUUACAAGGAUACCAAGCAAGUACGACAAGCAAAGAUUGCCAAAGAAAAAAUGGCUAGGCGACGAGAACAGAUAAAAGCAAGUGCUUCAAGAAACAGGCGCUUUUUUACGUUCGAGGAGAGCCUACAGAGAUUGCUGUACUUUAUGGAAGAUAAAGAAACUGUAUUAGAUGUGCUGGGGAGACUGAACAAAUACCGUACCAGAUAUAAAGUAGGCCGCCAUCGAACUCAAACGAAGUCCAAGAAGGAUAACAACGCAGGAGCUGGGUCCACAGACGAGACGCGGUUUCAAUGUACUGUAAAUGCAGUCAAUAUGGUCACAGAACUGCUAGAAAUUAUUCAAAAGAAGGGAGUUUCUGACGUCUACGAACUCACCAAAGGAAGAGUUUUGGAGCUGGUAGAGGAAGAGCUGUUAGGAGAUGAACCUGUCAACAACUACCAUUCAAAAUUAUGGAGUUUCAAGUGGCUGAACGAUCCUGCGACCUUGAAUAAAGCAUUUUCCAAUUACGAGAUGCAGUCUUGGAAAAUGACUUAUUUUCAAGACAGUGUUAUUGUGAAACAUGUAGAAGACGAAGACGUCCCUACGAACUGGCUCCACAUUAGCUGUUUGAAUUUCAUGUAG